GUUGCAAGAUCAUCAGCAGAUACAAUUAGGGCCGAGAUAUUCCUCCCUUCGCGAACCUGCAGCAUCAAGUCCAUAAUUACCGCCAGCUAAAAAAACAACAACCCACCGUGCAGCAACCAUGUCUGUAGCGGGGCUGAAGAAGCAAUUCCACAAAGCCACUCAGAAAGUGAGUGAGAAAGUUGGAGGUGCAGAAGGAACGAAGCUCGAUGAUGACUUCACUGAAAUGGAAAAGAAGAUGGACACCACUGCUCGGGCAGUGCUGGACAUCAUGACCAAGACUACUGAGUAUCUGCAGCCGAACCCAGCAACCAGAGCCAAGAUGAGCAUGAUUAACUCCAUGUCGCGUAUGCGGGGACAGGAGAAAGGACCGGGCUACACGCAGACCGAGACCAUCCUGGGAGAGUCCAUGCAGAGGUUUGGCAGGGAGCUCGGAGACGAGUCCAACUUCGGCAUUGCUCUGAUUGAUGCUGGGGAAGCCAUGCGUGAGCUUGGAGAGGUUAAGGACGCUCUGGACAUGGAGGUCAAGCAGAACUUUAUUGAUCCGAUGCAGAACCUCCAUGAAAAAGAUCUCAAGGAGAUUCAGCAUCACCUGAAGAAAAUGCAGGGUCGUCGUCUGGACUUUGACUAUAAGAAGAAACGUCAGAGCAAAGUGACAGACGACGAGCUCAAACAGGCCCUCGAGAAAUUUGACGACUCCAAGGAGAUCGCCGAGCUGAGCAUGUUCAACCUGUUGGAGAGUGAUAUCGAACAGGUGAGCCAGCUCGCUGCACUGGUCCACGCUCAGGUGGAGUACCACAGCCGCGCUACUGAGAUCCUCACACAGCUGUCCAGUAAGAUCGACGAACAGAUAAGAGACACUACUGUGAAACCGAGGAAAGAGUUCACUCCUAAACCACGUACGUCUCUGGACUUCUCCAUCAGUGAGAACCACAAUGGAGGCAUCCACAGCGCCCGCUCGCCAGCGGCGAGGUCUCCAGGUGAGCCAGCAAGAUCUCCAGCCAGAUCUCCAGCCCCCUUGGACCAGCCCUGCUGCCGUGCCCUGUACGAUUUUGACCCCGAGAACGAAGGUGAGCUAGGCUUCAAGGAGGGCGACAUCAUCACCCUGACCAAUAAGAUCGAUGACAACUGGUAUGAGGGGAUGCUGCACGGCAACUCUGGCUUCUUCCCCAUCAACUAUGUGGAUAUCCUGGUGCCGCUGCUCCACUAGGACGUCACCACUACCAGCGGAGUCUGCGAAGGUGACUACACAGAGCCCCCCCAACCCACCUACCCCACCCCGGUAUUCCCAGUAAGCUUCUCCUUAACAUUCCUACCAACCACCAGUACUCCGCUUUAAAGGAGUCAAAACAGCAACAACACCAUAACAAACAAAGAUUGAUGAUGAAUUAAAAGCCAGUAUGCACCAAUUGAGCGUAAAAACUUGAAAUGAGGAAUAAUCUGCGUGUGUGUCGUUGCUUCCCCCUUAUCCCAGGAGGUGCAUUCAGGCUUCCCUAGUCAUUUUAUCCAUUACCGUCCCGGCUUCUGUCUUGGUUUGAGUUGGCUGUCAGUCCGUCAUAAUUUUGUGAGUUUAUCAGAGCAGCUUUGCAAAAUCACGCUUUUCUCUCAUUCACUGUACUUUGUGGAAACCUCUACAGUAGAUAGAAACUUUUCUCUCACAUACUAGGACAACAAAAUUGGUCCACGUGCUUCAUGUUUGUUAGAGACUCUAGGUCAAGCAUGGUUUCAAAUGUUUAACAAAAUAACAAAAUAUGUUGAGCUGAUUUUGUUUUGUUUGAAUAUUCCUCUUUUUAAUGGUUGUCAUCUCUCGGCAUCCACAAUUCUGUCCAACGGAUGUCCUCACCUUUAUAACUCAUCAUAGUUUUAACAAAAAUGGUAGACUAGUUUCAUCUAGUUGAUAACUAACAACCAAGAUUACCCAUCCUAUAUUCAUUUGAUACAUAUCGACAUGUGCACGUGAUUAGUCAUAUGUGAUUUAAAUACCAAAAUGACCUGCAAAAAACAGUCAACUCUCAAUUUUAGCUUCAAGAUUUUCAGACAGCACGCUGUCAGUCAAUCUGUCCGACGUAACCGGAUGAAGCUUUGAAAUCUGACAUUCUUUGGUAUUUUAAUCAGGACGGGUGGAACUGUAUUCUUCAUAUGUGACAUUACCUAUCUGAGCCAGUGAUUAGUGGAGUGAUGAAAUGAUUUGCAAAAACAAGUUGUGCAGUUUAAACAGUUUGAAGUGAUGUAAGAAAACUAUGGUGCAUAAGUUACAAUCCUCCAACGUGUAUUUUAUCAGCAGCUUGUGUGAAUAAUGGUUGAUGUAUUGUGAUAUAAUAACGUUUAGGAUUUAACUGCUCAUUGGGGCAACUGUUUCUUCUGCAGCCAAAGGUUUAGCUUCUAUUGCUGCAUCCCUACUAGUCCGAUUGGUACUCUGUAAUUUAGCUGUCUAUAAGCUAUUGAUUAAGGAGCAAUUAGACCGAGGCAGAAGUGCACACCAAAUGGCUGAAUGGAAUGAGAUUGUUUUCUCAUCUUGGUGGCAAUGUUCUAAUCAUUGCAACCUAAAUAAAAAAAACUUUUAAAAAAACCUUUCUCCAACAUUAUAUAGACUAAAAGCUGCAGGUUUGACCCUUUUCAUGUCAUGUAAGUCCUCAGAACAAAUGCAAGAUUAUAUACAUUGUUUAAUUAUCUCUCACCCACUAUCUGGUUGUAUGCGGUAUUGUGUGGGAUUUAAUGUUUAAUUUAUGUACUGAUAAUUGGUUAUCACAGUCCAUUUUAGUCAGCUGGGCAGUGCAGUGCUGUCAGGCACACGUUAUCCCCGAGGGUUUGAUCCUCUGUGAUGUCAAUAAAGUAUUAACCCUACUGCAAAAUAUUCUGUGCAGCAGUUGAGACUAUUUUUCACCCAUCUUGUAGUAAUGUUGUGCGUGUACUUUGGGGGCGGGGUUUGGGUUUGCAUACAGUACAUGUUAUGCACAGGGGUGGGGUUGCAGAAGACCUCUGAUGCUGAGGUAUUUAAGAGAUGACGUCUCUGACAGUGUUCCACAUUAAAACAGACAUGACUGAAUCUUUAGUGAAAGGACCAAUUCAUUAUAUUAAGUAGAAUUACAAUAAAUGAUGCAAUAUCAACGGAUACCCAUAGUAAGUGUUUUUUUCAAAGGGAAGCACAACUUCAAUGGACAGUAUACUUGUUGGCUGACGCAGAAUAAUGAUAAUGGUCAUGCAUUUAUUUUUAAAAAGCAAAACAAUUCCGUUUCUCACUUUUUUUUUACAAUUGUGUGUAUCUUUGCCCUCAAUGAGGACUGUACAGCUUUUCUGUGUUUUGUUUUUACCUUGUGUGUAUAAUCGCGCAUCCACAGUAACGUAUCUUAUUUUUGUAACUGACAAGAGUAUACACAAACAGUAUAGAUGUAUAUACACAGUAUAUUAUCUAAAAGCAAUGUGAAAGGAGGGAUUCUCUGUGCUGCACAUGAUUGUCUUUGGAUUGUUUUUGUUUUAUUUGUUUUUGUUUUAUUUUAUUCUUGCACUGGAUUCUAAGACUGUAUGCUUGAUGUAAAGAAAAAAUGUGAUAAGUCAAUGUAAUUUAUUCAAAUAAAUACAAAGAAAUAGAUAUUG